CUAUGUUGUAAAAUAAAUUAUUACUUCGAAUGAUAAUUUUGUUUAAAAAGUUUAUUUUUGUAUGCACUUAUUAAUUAAAUAUGAUUGAGGAAGUUUUAUAAUUAUGAAUGCCAAAAAAGAUGUUGAACUAUAUUCACAAAACCAUAAGUCGUAAAAGUGAAUUCAUGGCGGCAGAAACAAAAAUUGAAGAAAACUGACACACACAUUUUUAAAGAUGCACCAACGGAGCUUCAGUAACUCUGCCUACGUGAACCGCAGUCUUGAAGAUUCAGGAUGCAGCGCCAUGUCAGCAUCUGCCAUACCGAAGUUGACCUCAGUUCCACCUCAGUUUGACCCCUUUCGAUCACCACAAACCUUGAUGUCAGGCCACCAUGCCAACACCAGCAUCUCUGCCAUUUUCAAGAGCCUGAAGAACUCGGUAGAUCCAGAUGCGGACCAUUACGUAGAACCUGUCCUUUUACAUUCACAUCCAACCCAGAACAACACCAGACAAAACAGCAUCUUUGAGGGCUUUCCCAACAGAUACCCAGCAAGUAACAGUAACAUUCGUCUUGGUAGUAGCGGUUUUAGCAGAAAUAAUAACAGCUCUCUGAAUAACUUCGGAAAUCAUCAAGAGAAGGUGUUGCAGAGGGAGGGGCCUGCUGUGGUUGCUAGGACUGAGGGAAGCUAUGUUCACCAUGGUUACCAAGAAGUGAGCAUUGAGGAGGAGGAAGAGUCUUAUUCUGUGCAUACUGAGGACAGUGACAGUGGUCUUUUGGGAGGAAACCUCAUGUCACCGACGGAGUCUGACAGUUUUAACCAGAGUCUUGACAAGGAGGCAUGUGCUCUGUUCCAAUGGAUCAUCAAACCAGUGCCAGGUGUGCAUGCCAUCUGUGUGGAGGGCAAGAAGGAUUUGUCUGACCAGAACUACUGGCACAGUGGCAUCAUUACCAGACGAAUCAGUGAGAAGGUUGUUGCUACGACAACUGGGUCAGUGUACCGGCUGGUGGGCAACAUAGAGCUGCUGGACGCUCUCUCCGCAGGAUUUCCACACAAGGUGAUUGAGUCCUUUUGGCUGGGCUUCCCGACCGACUGGGAACAAAUUAUUUCAUCCUACUUCAGGGACCACACAUUGGACAGAACUGAUGAUACAGUCUCAGAUGAUGAAGUCGCCACGCUAGAUGAGGGCGCAGAAUUGAACAAGGAAACUACAGUUGAUGACUGUGAUAUUGUAGUCACAGAGGAUGUCAACAGUGAAGACGACACAAACACAGAAGAUACAGAUGACAUAGCAACCAGUCAAAGCGAGAGGGCACCUGUUGUUGCUGUGAAAGCAGUCCAGAAACCUGUGAAGGUGGCUAAGAAGACCAUGCCCAUAACCAAGGACAAUGUUUGUGUCAUCGAGAACUGGACCAUCAAGGUGCUGCCAUCGGGGAAAGGAAUCUGCAUAAUGGGCUCUAAGCCGGACGGUCGAGUAUGGAACAGUUCAGCUAUAGCACAGAGGCUGGGAAGGCGUAGGUUACAAUCCACUACAGGGACCAUAUACAAGCUGCAGGGAAACAUGUAUAAACUGAUGGCUCUUGAUACAGGCUUACCGGAGAAAGUAAUUAAGAAAUUCAAAAAGGGCUUCCCAAAAGAAUGGCUUGAAUUAAUACAAGAGCAUCUUCAUUCAACUACUGAGGCAAAAAGCAAGAAAACAAAGGCUGUAUGGGAAAAUAAAACUACGGAUCUGAACACUCCCGCCUCAAAAAAGGAGCUUGUGAAAACAAUGUCGAAAUCAGAGCCGAAAAUCAGCAGACGAGCAUUGAGUCAGCCGGCAGACCAAGGAGCUAAGCGCAUAAGGUCAGAGGUGAAAAGGAAGCGGUCACAUGAUGAAAGGUGUAAACAAAGUAGAAAUUCUGGAGUGUCAAACACCUCGCGUGUCAUCACUAUCUUGGAACCAAAGAAAAUUGUGGUGACCCCAUGUGGUCAGCUGCUGGACACAGACACGCUGGGGCGGUCAAGGAGUGGUCGCCUCAUCAAGCCCCCCCUGCAGUGGUGGGCGGGGCAGAAACUGGUCAGUGAGGGAGAUGUGUUCAGGGUUCACGCCCCUACUGUGGCAUCACAGCAGUUCCUGUCCCAGUUUGAAGAGAGAUACCAUAUUUCAAGCCAUAAAGUGAAACCAUUCUGGAAUCCAAGGGAAAAAGGUAGAGAUUAUUCCUUAAACACAAGUCAAUCCUCUGCUAACACCAGCACAUCAUCACAAGGCGAUGAACCAACCACCCUCGAUAACCAACCACCACAAAGCUCGAAAUCGAAGGAGCAACAAAAGCUGUGUGAACAAAGCUCGUCUACUAGAGGUAGGAAGACUUGUGGCACUUUGGGAACUUCCAAUCUCAUGAAAGACACAUUAAAACGACUACAUGCUGGAAAAAGUAAAAAAUCUGAUCAUGUCUCGAAUGAUACAAGAGGUGCUGUGAGAAAAGCGUCUGCCAGGGCUCAAUUGUCAAAUACAGGUAUAACCAUGGAAACUGAAGAGUCGUCAGAAAGUGAAGUUGAAGAGUUGAGGACAAGACGGUCAAUGGGUAGACCAAGCAGAAAGUCUGUGAUUGGCAUAAAUAAGGAACUUAAAGGUAGCGACAAGGCUGCUGUUGCAACACAGGAAAACAUCAUAUCUUCUAGCACAGCUGAGCCAGAAUUGGAAGAUGACAAGGAAGAAGGGGAGGGUGUGCCAGUGAAGAAGUCAGCGAAUGUUAUUCAAACAACGCGGGCAAGGCGUGAAAGGAGCAGAGUGGGAAAAGUUGAGUUACAACAAAGUGUUUUAGAUUCUACUGUGGAUAAAGUGUGGGAGGACAAUCCAAAGAUGCUUCGGAGAUCUUUAAGAGCUUGUAAAAGGACUCUAGCGAUAAUAGAAGAGGAUGAUUCCUUGUCCGAGGACAGUAAAAAAGUAGAAUGGACAGGGAAGGCUGUGCAGAAAGGCAGGAAUAUAAAAAAGAGGUCAAUGGAGAAGAACACAUCGGAAGAGGCACAGGCUGCAGACCGCUGGACUAAAGAGGAAAAGGAGAGGCUACAUGAUGCCUGCCAAGCUCACGAUCCCGGUAACCCACUGUACUGGUUUAAAGUAGCUCAAGCCGUGGCUACCAAGUCUGUGGAGGAGUGCACCAAGAUGUUUUUCCAGGAUGGGCUGAAACCAAGAUCGGAAAAGAAAAAACCUCCAACAAAAGAGAAGGCUCGGGGAACUAGUCUGACUGCAAAUGUGGGGACACUGAAGAGGAAGCAGCAACUUAAGGAUCUCAUCCAGCAGAGCAAUGAAAACUAUGAGGACGAUAUCUUCGAGUCCACACCCCUCAAGGCCAUCAAAAAGAGAAAGUUACCUAUUCUGGGUAUGGAUGAUGACGGGGACAACCUGUAUGAGGAACAUGCCAGGAAGCAGGGCAAGGCACGCUUUGAGACGCCCAAGGGUGGCGAUGUUGGCGUGUCGUACAUCAAACCUCGACUAGCCUCUGCAAGGAAGACUCCUGCGUCUCGUGUUGAGACUGACAUGUUGGAUCAAAAGCGAGAUGUUGAUGGUUAUGUACACCGGAUCAUGAAGCGUAGACUGAUGAACAAGAAGUCAAAACAUAAGCAGGGAACACCAAAACCACCAAAGAAGGUGGUCAGUGAGGAGGCGAUACAACAGAAGCUGUUCCACAAGUUCCUGACUGAGCGUAAGGAUGACAAGGAGAACUAUGUGGAUCCAGACCAGGAGGAGGACUACUACUGGGACGAACAGCUGGAGACCUCACAGUAGUAGAGUGUAACCUGCCAGCUGAUGAAUUCACAGAAGUAGAGUGUAACCUGCCAGCUGAUGAAUUCACAGAAGUAGAAUGUAACCUGCCAGCUGAUUAAUUCACUGUUGUAGAGUGUAACCUGCCAGCUUGAGACUUCACAGAAGUAGAGUGUAAAAUUUCACCUGGAGAAUUCACAGAAAUAACCUGCCAGCUAGAGAAUUCACAGAAGUAGAGUGAAACCUGCCAGCUGGAUAAUUCACAGUAGUAGAAUGUAACCUGCAAGUACUAGGAGAAACAGCUGGAAAAUUCACAGAAGUACAAUGUAAUCUGCCAGCUGUAGAAUUCACAGUACAUGUAGUAGACUGUAACUUAACUGCUAGAGAAUUAUAGUAAGAAUAUAACCUGCAAGUAUUCUUAUGAACAGCUUGGUAAUUAAUAUAAGUACAAUGUAACUUGCAAGUACUGGGGUAAACAGCUAGAGUAUCCACAAUAGUAGAAUUUUACCUUCCAGCACUGGGAUGAAGAGCUGGAUAAUUCAUAGUAGUAGAAUGUAACCUACCAGUACUGGGAGAAACAGCUGAAGAAUGCAUUGUAGUAGAAUGUAACCUUCAAGUACUGGGAUGAACAGCUGUAGAACUCGCAGUAUUACAAGGUAUCCUGCCAGUGCUAGGAUGAACAGUUGGUGAAUUUCUAACAGUGCAAUAUAACCUGCAUUUAGGAUGUACAGCUGGUAAAUUCACAUCUGUAGAAUGUAACCUGCAAUUGAAAUGAUGCACAGCUAGUCAAUUAUUUAAAGUAAAAUAUAACCUGCCAUUACUGGGACGAACAGCUUGUCAAUUCAUAAUAGUAGAAUGUAACCUACCAGUACUGGUAUGAACUCACUUAAGUAAUAUGUAAACUGCCACUAGUGGGAUAAACAGUUUGAGAAUUCACAGUGGUAGAAUUGACAGCGUAGGAUGUGCCUUAUACACCUAACUUGAUCCCUUGUGUUUGAGUUUGACAGAUCAAUUAAAAUGACUUAGCUUAAUUUAAGUGUUCAUCUUACAGCAAAUAAAAACCAAAGCUUCAAUAUAAAUAUUGUAAUUGCUAAAUAUCAUAAGUUAAGAAUCCUUUUUUGUAGAUGUGGAGCCUGAUUAUAAUUGUUGAUAGUGAAACUACCAGUAUAUUGCAACUGAACAACUUUUAUGUAUGCACACCGGUGAGGCAGUUAUAUGUACAUGACAGUCUGUGCUUAAUUGCUGUUCACUCACACGAUGACUCUAUUUAUACUUGUAUGUGCUAUAUAUGCAUGUGAACAAUGAUACAGACAAUGUUGAAUGCACACACAAUGUCUUCUUUUGUGGCAGCGUUUCAGAAAUUAUGGCAUAAUGAUUUAAAAUUGAACACUUUCAGUGUCUGAUAACAAUUGCUAUCUUGGUGUAACUAACAAAUCAGGGCUAAUUAUUUUAACAUUAUGAUUUGUCAAUGGUACACCCAACUUUCUCUUGAUUGUGAAAUGUUCCGUUGAACAGAGAUCUGUUUUAAAGUGCUUCAUGAAGUAUUAUUAGCUCUCAUUGCAUGAUUCAAGCCACUGUUGAUUAUCAAUUUGUAUCUAUAUUUAUUGUUUACUAACUGAGUUAUAUGCAUUUAUACUCAUUUGGAGGUUUUUGUAUUGUUUUCAUUGUACUUGAUCAUUCAGAUAUUCAAUCCUGAUAAUUCUGUUUUUACGGCAGUACAUUGAUUUGAAAUACUGUAAGUGUGUGUACAGAUAAGAUGUAUUCACUUAUUGUAAGUCCCCUACCAGUUUCACCGGAGGGGACUUAUGGUUUGCACUCCGUCUGUCUGUCUGUAACUCUGUUAUUCGGACUCAGUCCGUCAGUCAGUCAGUCUGUCAGUCACACUUUUCUGGAUCCUGCAAUAACUUGAAAAGUUCUUAAUAUUUUUUCAUAAAACUUGAAACAUGGAUAGAUGGCAAUAUGGACAUUAUGCACGUCAUUUCAUUUUGUUCAUACAUCAAAAAUUCUGGUUGCUAUGCAACAAAUAGACUAGAAAUACUGCUAAAAAUUGUGGUUUUCUGGAUCCUGCGAUAACUUUUAAAGUUCUUCAUAUUUUUUCACGAAACUUGAAACAUGGAUAGAUGGCAAUAUAGACAUUAUGCACAUCAUUUCAUUUUGUUCCUAUGUCAAAAACUCUGGUUGCAGUGGCAACAAAAAAAAAAUGACAAUGGUGGAUUUUCUGACAACGGUUGAGCCGAUAGGGGACAUAUAUUGAUUCAAUUUGCUUGGCAAUAGUCUUGUUGAAUGUUUAUUGUCUUUUACUGCACAACACAUUAAUUGAAGAUGUGUCAGGUACUGGCAACACAUUAUUAUUCCCCUGCCAAACCUGGAGGGAUAUUUAAAUGGCGUUGUCUGUCCGUCAGUCUGUUCAUCAGUCUGUUUGUUAGUCUGUAACAAACUUUUCAAGGCUAUAUCUCAGAAACUGUAUAAAAUAUCAUCACGAAACUUCAUGGGCGCAUAGAUAUCAAUGAGAAGAAGUGCAAGAACCACCCCCUUCUUUUUCGUAAAUAAGAGUUAUUGCCAUUUUUUUUUUUGUAGGAUGUAACUUUUCAGGGCUAUAUCUCAGAUACUAAGUACCAUACAAGGUCAUAACAUGAAACUUCAUGGGUGUAUUAAUAUCUAUUAGAAGUGCCAUAUUUAAUAACCAUAACCCUACACUUUCUUAAAUAAGAGUUAUUGCUCUUUGUUGUUUUUGUAUGAUGACACUUUUCAGGGCUUUAUCUUAGAUACGCUACAAGUUUUCAACAUGAAACUUCAUAGAUGUAUAAAUAUCAAUGAGGAGAAUUGCAAUGUAUAAAAAAAUUACCCUACACUUAAUUAUGUAUUUUGGAUUAUACUGUAUAUCAAGGGAUUUCCACCUUUCCAUAAACACAAUUUAUUUGGUGGGGGAUAUCAAUGCAACGAAUUUGCUAUUGCUUGUUUGAUGCAAAUCCUUUAAUUAUGUUAAUGUGUUGACUUUUUUUAGUCUGACUAUGCCCCAAAUAGUCCUAGCUAUAUUACACACCCAAAUGUGUGUGGGGAUGGGGAGGUGUUGGGGGGGGGGGGGUCUGUGUAAUCCUCUUUUUGAGGAUUACAUGCAACAGCUCCAUAUCCCUGUUCCUACUACAGGUUUUCAAUUGAAACUUCACACAUGUGUUCAGAGCUAUUGUUUGAGUCAGUGACCAAGUUCCAUAUAUCUAACCUGCAAUUUAGCAGAAUUAUGCCCCUUUUUGUAGGAAGAAAAUUUUGGUAAACAUUUUGGUGCAACUACUCCAUAUCUCUAUUAUUUAGUACAGAUAUUGAAAUAAAAUGUUACAUUUGUAUAUUUAGCAUCUUGAACAUUUACUGGCCAAGACCUAUAAAUUUACGAGCCAUUACGCAUGCGUGUGCCCCUUUUCAAAAAUCAGGUUAAGGUUUGUGUGCAAGUAGAAAUUCAGGAUUAAGUUUCAAUGCAACAAGUACAUAUCUCUGUGUCUGAUAUUCAACUGAAACUUCACAGAUGGCUUCUGGAUCAUCAUGCGAGUUCACAGAACAAGGCCCAUAACUCUUACCUGCAAUUAAGCAGAAUUAUGCCCCUUAUUGUUCUUCAGGCUAAUUCUGGAAAUUCCUAUCUCUUACUCUUGCCGACAUACAUUACUGUUGCAUUUUUGGCUGGUGUUGUCAAGGUCAAAUAUACUGUUGCUGUAAAUUUAUCAAAAGUUUGCACUCAAUCGUUUCAGAUAGGAUUGAAUUAUUGGGUUCACAUUGUUUGCGUAGGUAGGUUAUAAAAUGACAUAGCAAGGGAUAAGAUUAGUUGCCCUUACUGCAAUGAGAGAUUUGUUUGUAGGUAGCUUUCACGGAGACCUAGGGUUGGAUUGCAUUUCAGCCAGUAAGGUCAAGGUCAUUGUUUCUAUAAAAAAGGUUCCCACUCAUUUCCUUAAAUCUGGAUGGCAGAAUUGUGCUGUAAUAGUGUGUAUAGGUAGCUUAGUGCCCACCUUGCUCUCAAGGAUAAUCAAAUUAAAAUGAAUUAAUUGGUUAAAAAUCUUUUUUCCUGGCAUUGUCACAUUUUUUGUUGUAAUUUAAAAAUUUAAACUUUAAGUUUACAUAUAUUAAAUAACUGCCACAAAUAUUAAAUGUAAAAAAAACAUGUAUUUGUUAAUAAUACAUCAGUUCACUGACAGAAAUUGUAGAUUAUACUAUCAAAGUGGGAGAAUAGACGAGCGCACUGUUUUGGUCUAUCUCUUGUAUAUUUUGCUGUCAUCUUUUUUUCCAUACUUCAUUGCUUUUUAUGUUUGUUUACCUUUUCACUAUCUUUAUUUUAAUUGGUAUUGUCUUAAAUCUUUUUUGUUAUAUAGUCUUUUAUUUUAACAGUUGAUUGCCGUUUGCUUAUGUACUGUGGUUGUGAUUGAAUAUAUCAGAAAGAUUCUGAUUGACUUUUAAAUCACAAGGGCCUGUAUAUGUUUUGUUAUGCUCCCCCAAAAUUUAUUUUGGGAGAAGCAUAUAGUCGCCGCUUCGUCUGUCUGUCCGUCCGUGCACAAUUUUUGUCUAGGCUUUUUCUCAGCAACUAAUGACCGGAAUUCAAUGAAACUUUAUGGGAAGCUUCACUACUUAGAGGAGAUUUGCAUAUUAUCAGCGGUUUCUGGUCGGAUGAUUUUUCACAGAGUUAUGGCCCUUUGAAAUUUUCCAUUAACUGUACAUAUAGUGCAAUUCUUGUCCGGGCUAUUUCUCAGCAACUAAUGACCGGAAUUCAAUUAAACUUUAUGAGAAGCUUCACUACCAAGAGGAGAUGUGCAUAUUAUCAGCGGGUUCUGGUCGGAUUUUUUUUUACAGAGUUAUGGCCCUUUGAAAUUUUCCAUUAACUGUACAUAUAGUGCAAUUCUUGUCCGGGCUAUUUCUCAGCAACUAAUGACCGGAAUUCAAUGAAACUUUAUGGGAAGCUUCACUACCAAGAGGAAAUGAGCAUAUGAUCAGCGGGUUCUGAUCGGAUUAUUUUUCACAGAGUUAUGGCCCUUUGAAAUUUUCCAUUAACUGUACAUAUAGUGCAAUUCUUGUCCGGGCUAUUUCUCAGCAACUAAUGACCGGAAUUCAAUGAAACUUUAUGGGAAGCUUCACUACCAAGAGGAGAUGUGCAUAUUAUCAGCGGGUUCUGGUCGGAUUAUUUUUUCACAGAGUUAUGGCCCUUUGAAAUUUUCCAUUAACUGUACAUAUAGUGCAAUUCUUGUCCGGUCUAUUUCUCAGCAACUUAUGACCGGAAUUCAAUGAAACUUUAUGGGAAGCUUCACUACCAAUAGGAGAUGUGCAUAUUAUCAGCGGGUUCUGGUCGGAUGAUUUUUCACAGAGUUAUGGCCCUUUGAAAUUUUCCAUUAACUUUACAUAUAGUGCAAUUCUUGUCCGGGCUAUUUCUCAGCAACUAAUGACCGGAAUUCAAUGAAACUUUAUGGGAAGCUUCACUACCAAGAGGAGAUGUGCAUAUUAUUAGCGGGUUUUUGGUCGGAUGAUUUUUCACAGAGUUAUGGCCCUUUGAAAAUUUAAAUUUUCUAUAAAAAAAGUAUUGUUCCCCAACUACUGUGCCCUCAAGACGUUUCCUUUUAUCUGAAUAUAUAGUGCAAUAUUGUGACAAAAAACCUUUGGGGAGCAUCACCCGUCUCCGACGGUUUCUUGUUUAAAUAGCUUAUGUACAAAACACAUAUUUACCUUGUUUUUUUUCAUAAAAUAAACUUCAUAAUUAAUUGUAUUUUGCUUUUCUUGUAACAAAGGCUUGUGUACAUUCAAUAUAAUAUGGAUAAAAUAAUUUGUUGUGUAAUUUUUAUUCUCUUUGGGGAUUUGGUAAUUAAAGUUGUAUUACUGACUUCUGUCUAAAUGCCUACCUAGUUUAUUGACUAUUUGUUAUUGUAAAGUAUAAUUUAUGUGAUGCAAAAUCUUUUAUUUCAUAAUUAAUGUUUUGCUUUUGCUGCCUCAUUUCUUGUUUAUUCUGCAUUAAGCAUGUGCCUUAUCUCCAUUAAACAACUGUUGUUGCGUUGA